AUGAAUUUCCAGAGAAAUACAGGAAAACUUCCCGACAUUCUCAGCCUAUCCGAUGGUGAAUACUGGAAGUCUCGGGAAGAUCACCCUGUCAUCCUCAAAUGUGGCCAUCUCUCAUCCAACCAUGUGACCAGGACAUCCCGUUUCAAGAGGUCUUCUACACCAGCAAAUAACCAUAGUAUGCAGUCCUUUUCCACCAGCCAGUAUAGCUCACUUGACCAUCAAGACUUUCUAGAGGGAGCGACAAGGACACGAUACAGUCAGGUACAUGAUUGUGAAUCCAAACUCUCGCCUCCAAAACAUGUCACCUCCCCAGAAGUCACAGGAGGUGGCCUCCUUGGCAACGGUGAUGCUGUGGGGUCACUCGUAAGCCGUGACACUGUGAGAUCCAGUUUGAUCGAUCUCCAACCAGGACAGCAGCUUCUUCACAGCACCCUCCUGGAGGACGCCUUCUCCAAAGUCCUUAGAGAGGAUACAAGUAAGGCUAAUUGUGACACCAGGGAGGAAGGUAAUAUCCCACAAAAGAAGGACAUCAGCUUCAGAUUGGGUCAGCGCAGAGCUCUUUUUGGGAAGCGCAAACAACUCAGUGAUUAUGCACUGGUCUGCGGGAUGUUUGGCAUUGUUGUCAUGGUUAUUGAGACUGAGCUUUCUAGAGGAUUUUACAGUAAGGAUUCGAUAUAUUCUUAUGUACUCAAAGGCCUUAUCAGCGUUUCUACGGCUAUUUUACUUGGUCUUAUUCUCAUGUACCACGCAAGGGAAAUCCAGCUCUUCAUGGUGGACAACAGUGCAGAUGAUUGGAGGAUUGCCAUGACCUUUGAGAGAGUUCUCUUUAUUGUGUUGGAGAUUCUCGUGUGUGCCGUCCAUCCCAUCCCGGGACAGUAUGUGUUUAAUUGGACAACUCGACUGGCCUUCAGUUAUAACACAUUGGUGGCGGACGCUGAUGUCGACAUUAUCCUAUCCGUGCCUAUGUUUCUGCGCCUCUACCUGAUUGGCCGGGUCAUGCUCCUCCACAGCAAGCUCUUUACGGACACUUCGUCUCGCAGCAUCGGUGCCCUCAACAAGAUCAGCUUUGACACUCGUUUUGUUAUGAAGACUUUGAUGACUAUCUGUCCUGGUACUGUUCUAUUGGUGUUCAGUGUAUCCUGCUGGAUCAUCGCAGCAUGGACUGUGCGCAUAUGUGAGAGGUAUCAUGAUGCACAGGGGGUGACCAGCACCUUUCUUGGUGCAAUGUGGCUGAUCUCCAUUACUUUCCUGUCCAUUGGCUAUGGUGACAUGGUACCUCACACUUACUGCGGAAAAGGAGUGUGCCUGUUAACAGGAAUCAUGGGAGCAGGUUGUACAGCUUUGGUGGUCGCUGUGGUUGCAAGAAAGUCAGAACUCACCAGAGCCGAGAAGCACGUCCAUAACUUCAUGAUGGACACUCAGCUCUACAAAAAGGUAAAAAACACAGCAGCCAAUGUGCUGAGAGAGACAUGGCUGAUUUACAAACACACUAAGCUGGUGAAGAAAGUUGAUUAUGCGAGAGUACGCCACCAUCAACGUAAAUUUCUCCAAGCCAUCCAUCAACUGCGUAAAGUAAAAAUGGAGCAGAGGAAACUAACUGACCAGGCCAACACCAUUGCUGACCUUGCCAAGACUCAGAACAUGAUGUACGACUUGGUGUCGGAACUGCAGCAUCGAAAUGAGGAGCUGGACAGGAGGAUUGUAGCCCUUGAAGAAAAAUUGGACUCGAUGCUGCUCAACGUGCACUCACUUCCUGAUGUGCUUUCUCAAGCAAUAACUAAAAUACAAAAAGAUUUUCUCGAUGACCUUGCCUGCCGUGUGCACUUCCUGUCGUCUUCCCUGAGUUCUGAGUGUUGUUCUGUUCCAGCCAGGCCACUCUGUCAAGGUCCAACCUCAUCACAGACACCGUAUGGCUGA